AAGCAGAGAGUAAGAGUUCAGCAGCGGCAUCGCUACUAUUGACAUUAUACCGGAGGGAGAGAGGCCGAGCUUGAACGAAUUGAAACGAUAGAGUAUUUGAUUGCUAGAGUGGACGUGGAGGAAAGGAGAUCAGAGGGACUUCCUCUUUCGCCUAACCCAGUGGCGGAUAAUGGCGUCGGCGGAGCUUCCUGUGCCGCUUGGAGGGUGGAAGAGGCUCCUGGCAGACAAAGAGAAUGCCAAAAAGAGCACUCUGGACAACAGAGAAUGAGAAAGAGUUUUAAAAUGUAAAACAAACCAUCAAUCAAAAUCUUCCACUUCCUCCACAAAGUUUAAAAAUGUUUCUCCUUCUUAGCUGAUGGGGAGACAAUGGAGAGAAUUAUAAGAACAAAGCUUUCAGUUGGAAAAAAAGAGUAUCUGGAAUUCAAGGAAACUUUACAUGAGAAGUCAAAGAGAAUAAUUUCUAAAUAAAGAACACCUGGAAGUCAGAGGAAAGAAAAAGGUUCUGUGGAUAGCCAAAACUUGCAGACAUUAAUGAAAGUCUUUGUGGAAGGAAAGAGUAGCUUGAAUCAAAGAACCAUCAAGUAAGAGAUCAGAAAUAGUGCUGACCUCCUCAAGAAUCCAAGAAUAGUACUGUUGGAAAAUCCCCACCGACUGCCUAUUGUGGGAAAACACAGAUUCCCGAUCACAUGUGUUUGAUGCAUAAUUUGAACCAUCCCGUAAUAAGCCAUACAAAUGUUUGGGGUGCAUCAGAAGCUUUACUCAGAACAGGUCUCGUGAUUCGUGAAAGGAGCCAUACCGAAGAGAAACUCUACCAGUGCUCCCAUUGUGACAAAAGAUUUAGCAUGCACAUCAAUCUGGCACAAGAUUACCAGAUACACAAGAGGACUCACCCUGGGGAGAAACCAUAUGAGUGUAUCGUGAGAAAAGUUACAUUAAUAAGUCUUACCUAUUGAAACAGCAGAGAAGUCACACAGGAGAAAAACCAUAUGAGUGUUUGGAUUGUGGGAGAAGUUUCUGUAGGAAUUUCCAGCUGGUGGAACACUAGAUGACUCACACAAGAGAGAAACCACAUAAAUGUCCUAAUUAUGGAAAAGAUUUUCAUCAAAAUUCCGACUUCGUGAAACACCAGAGGACUCACACAGGAGAGAAACCAUAUGACUGUCCAGAUUGUAGGAAAAGGUUCAGUCGGAAUUCCGACCUAGUGACACACAAGAGGACUCACACAGGGGAGAAACCUUAUGAAUGUCUCUAUUGUGGGAAAAGUUUCAGUCAGAAUUCAAACCUGGUGAUACACCAAAGGACUCAUACAGGAGAGAAACCGUAUAGAUGUCCUGAUUGCGGGAAGGAUUUCCAUCAAACUUCCAACUUAGUGAAACACCAGAGGACUCACACAGGAGAAAAACCAUAUGAGUGUCCAGAUUGUGGGAAAAGGUUCAGUCAAAAUUCUCAUCUGAUGUUACACCAGAGAUCUCACACAGGAGACAAACCAUUUGAGUGUACCUAUUGUGGGAAAAGAUUCAGUCAGAAUUCCAACUUAGUGACACACCAGAGGAUUCACACAGGAGAAAAACCGUAUGAGUGCCUGGAUUGUGGGAAAAGUUUCUGUCGGAAUUCCCAGUUGGUGGAACACCAGAGGAUUCACACAGGAGAGAAACCAUAUGAGUGUCCGGACUGUGGGAAAAGUUUCUGUCGGAAUUCCCAGCUGGUGGAACACCAGAUCACUCACACAGGAGAGAAACCAUAUAAAUGUUCUGAUUGCGGGAAAGAUUUCCAUCGAAAUUCUGACUUGGUGAAACACAAGAGGACUCACACAGGAGAAAAACCUUACGAGUGUCCGGAUUGUGGGAAAGAUUUCAGUUGUAGGUCUAGCCUUAUAAAUCAUGUAAGGUUACACAUAGGGGAGUAACCAUUCAAAUGCCCAGAUUGUGGACAGCGUUUUGCACAAAAUUCCUCCCUUAUGGCAGAAGAAAUUCUACAUCAGGAAAAAAUUGAUUUGUUUAGAGGAAUCUUGAAUUUCUUUUCUUGUCUCUUACUGAAAGCCCAUCUUAGAAAUUGAUAAUUUAAUUUCUUGCCUGAUUCUUUUUAGUUAAGCAUGCCUUAUUAUUAAACAUGUGGGAGGAGAUCUGAGCUUCCUUAGUUUGGUCCAGUGCGGUCAUUCCCUUUCAUGGAGCCAAAGGGAACUGCUAUUGCUGGGCCAGAGAAAGCGAAUUUUGAUCUCUAUUAGGUAUGUUUUAUGCCUUGAGCUAUUUCUACAUAUAAUACAGGGGGAUAUAAACUUGUAUUUAUUUAUUUAUUUUAUUUUAUUUCUAUACCGCCCUUCUCCUGUGGACUCAGGGCAGUGUACAGCCGAGAUAAAACAUAGCAUAUAAAAUUUAAAAACAGUUUAAAAAACAAAUAAUUUCAGCCCAAAAUUUAAAACAACCCAAUUAAGUAUGUAUUUAUGUAUUUUUACUUAGCAUCUUAUGCCAUGUCGUGACUCCACAUGGUUUAUAGUAAUAAAAUAUUAAUAUAGAAACUAAUCAACCCCAUAUAUAUUUCAAAUGGCAAAAUGCAACCGUUCCACGUUUAACAUGUUGUUGCCCUGCAAAUACAGGGCACAUUUAGGAAGGUUGAUGGCAUUCGGAUGGUCUAGGAAUCCCAAAAACAUGAUUUUUGCUUUUGUUCAAUUUAGAUGUUAACGAGGCCUCCAGACAUUAUUAAUUAUGUUCAUUUGUUGUGCUAUUCUUCCUCAACACUUGUAAUCUUUCUCCCUGUGAGGAGUUACAUUAAAUAAAAGGAGUUAAAUCAGCGAAGUAAACCUCCUCAGGAUUAACAGCCUAUAAAUUUGAUAAACUCAUUCAUUCCUUCA